CAUCACUAUAAAGUAACUUGAGACAGCUUGACAGAUAUUGGGUUGAGAACUACCUUUUCUCACUUUGGAUGAUCUUGAUAUGGUUCAGGCAUGCAAAUGAAUCAUAGUACUUCAUUGAACAAAUUAUGAUUACAUGGAUAGCUACUAGGAAGUUACAAGUGGCACAUAUUCAGAACAAAUGCAAUGACUGGGAGCACUGUCUGCAUUGCUGUCUUCAUCUGUAGCAGGAAAUAACUAUACCUAUACAUUGCUGAUAAAUGCAAAUACCAUGAAAAAUGUUAGUGAAUAAUGUAAAAAGAAAUGUGAUUGAUGCUAGAGAAAUACAUUCUCUUGAAUAUGUGAGACUUGUCAUGAAUUUUCUCUUAUGGAAAUUUCUUUCUGCCUUCACCAAAACUGAAAAGUAUUGAAGAGCUAAUUUGACUGAAACCCCUUUCUGUAAAAUCCUUCCUCCUUCCCUGGGGCUGGAGCGAUAGCCCAGCGGGUAGGGCGUUUGCCUUGCAUGCAGCCGACCCGGGUUCGAUUCCCAGCAUCCCAUAUGGUCCUCUGAGCACUGCCAGGGGUGAUUCCUGAGUGCAGAGUCAGGAGUAACCCCUGAGCAUCGCCAGGUGUGACCCAAAAAGCAAAAAAAAAAAAAAAAAAUCCUUCCUCCUCCUAUCAGUGAGCAAGUCCCAGUGAAUGGGCUCCUGUUGAGGGGUGGGAUGCAGGAACAGAGUCCGAGAAGGACGGAAGGUGGCGUAUGUACCUGUCAUGUAUUGGUGCCAUGUCUGCAGGACCUCCGCUGCCUCCGUUCUACUCUUAUGUUUGAGAAAGAAGCUUGUGAGCUCUGGAACCACUGAGGCCAGAGAGUAACCUGCUGGACACCCUCAGGGCAAAUGGUCGCUGUCUCCCAGACCUCACCAUGUACCCCGACGACUUCCGCAGCUUCAUCGAGAGAGACCUCAUUGAACAGUCGAUGCUCGUGGCCUUGGAGCAGGCAGGCCGCUUGAACUGGUGGGUGAGCAUGGACCCCACCUGUCAGAGGCUGCUCCCUUUGGCAACCACUGGAGAUGGGAACUGCCUACUGCAUGCAGCCUCUCUUGGGAUGUGGGGCUUCCACGAUCGGGACCUGAUCCUGCGGAAGGCUCUGCACUCACUCAUGGAGAAGGGCUCCGAGAAGGAGGCACUGAGGCGGCGCUGGAGGUGGCAGCAGACGCAGCAGAACAAAGAGUCAGGACUGGUGUACACGGAGGACGAGUGGCAGAAAGAAUGGAAUGAACUGACCAAGCUCGCCUCGAGCGAGCCCCGCAUGCACCUCGGGACCAACGGAGCCAACUGUGCUGGGCUGGAGAGUUCCGAGGAGCCCGUGUAUGAGAGCCUAGAAGAGUUCCACGUCUUCGUCCUUGCCCAUGUGCUCCGGAGGCCCAUUGUGGUAGUGGCUGACACUAUGCUGAGGGACUCUGGCGGAGAAGCCUUUGCCCCUAUUCCCUUUGGGGGCAUCUACCUGCCUUUGGAGGUCCCAGCCAGCCAGUGUCACCGCUCCCCGUUGGUGCUCGCCUACGAUCAAGCCCACUUCUCAGCACUUGUGUCCAUGGAGCAGAAGGAGAACGCCAAGGACCAAGCUGUGAUCCCACUGACCGAUUCCGAGCACAAGCUGCUGCCCUUACAUUUUGCGGUGGACCCUGGGAAGAGCUGGGAGUGGGGUCGGGAUGACAGUGACAACGUCCGAUUGGCCAGUGUUAUUCUGUCCCUCGAGGUCAAAUUGCAUCUGCUGCAUGGCUACAUGAAUGUGAAGUGGAUUCCUGUGUCCUCGGAUGCCCAGGCUCCCCUCGCACAGCCUGAAUCCCCUACUGCCUCAGCUGGAGAUGAGCCACGCUCCACACCAGAAUCUGGUGACUCCGACAAGGAGUCGGUGGGCAGCAGCUCUGCCAGUGCUGACGGCAGUCGGUGGAAGGAGAAGUCAAAGCGAGAACGAGAGAAGGAAAAGAAGCGAGCGGACUCUGUGGCCAACAAACUGGGCAGCUUCGGCAAGACCCUGGGCAGCAAGCUUAAGAAGAACAUGGGCGGCCUCAUGCACGGCAAGGUAGCCAAGCCCGCAGGGCUGGGCACGGGAAUGGCACCCAGUGGUGGCACCGAGACACUGGACAAGAAGAAAAAGAACUCCCUGAAGAGCUGGAAGGGUGCCAAGGAGGAGGCAGCUGGGGAUGGGCCACCGGCAGAGAAGCCCCCGGCUGAAGUGGCUGGCAAUGGCGGGAGUAAGUACAGCCAGGAAGUGACGCAGAGCCUGGGCAUGCUGCGGGCAGCCAUGCAGGGCGAAAGCAAGUUCAUCUUCGUGGGCACCCUGCGCAUGGGCCUCCGCCACCAGUACCAGGAGGAGAUGAUCCAGCGCUACCUGGCAGAUGCCGAGGAGAGGUUCCUGGCCGAACAGAGGCAGAAGGAGGCCGAGAGGAAGCUCGUGAACGGGAGCAUUGCGAGUGGCCCGCCCCCAGCCAAGAAGCCAGAGCCCGAUGGUGGCCACGAGCUGCUGACGGCGCCCUCAGCUGAGGCCAAGGCCGUGGCCUUCUCUGCCGGCUACCCAGGGGGCUUCACCAUACCCCGGUCUUCUGGGGUUGGGGUCCACUGCCAGGAACCCCGGAGGCAGUUGGCAGGGGGCCCCUGUGGAGGUGGCCUUCCUCCCUAUGCCACCUUCCCCAGACAGUGCCCUCCAGGCCGAGCCUGCCCCACUCACGACACCUCUUCCUCAGAGCUGGCCAGUCACCCCAAGGAUGGCACUCACCAGGGUGCCUUGUUGCCGCAGCCCUUCCGUGUGGCUGACUCCUACAGCAAUGGCUACAGGGAGCCCCCUGAGCCUGACGGGUGGGCUGGGGGGCCCCAGGGGCUCCCGCCCACCCAGACGAAAUGCAAACAGCCCAACUGCAGCUUCUAUGGACACCCCGAGACCAACAACUUCUGCUCCUGCUGUUACCGGGAAGAGCUGCGGCGGCGGGAGCAGGAGCCAAGCGGGGAGCUCCUGGUACACCGGUUCUGACCCUCACACAGUGACGGCAAGGGGUGCAUUGAGGAAAGUGACCUAUUGUGGGCUCAGCAGCAUCCAGCCCCGUGUGCCCAGGCGCAUCCGGGGUGUGCAGUCCUGGCCAGAAACUUGGUGUGUGUCGGAUGGAGGGCUGCCAGCUGCAGGGCAGGGCAGGGCCACACCAGCCCACCCGGAGACCUGGACUCCACGAGAGUGAGGAGGCAAUGGCCUGUGCAAAUGAUGACUGUGUCUCGCCAGUCCUGUGGGCUUACCCUUGCCAGGGAGAGCAGCAGGGGAAGGUUCGGAGUGUGGGCAGGGUGGUGAGAGUCCGGGAGAAGGACAGGCAGUAGGGGUUCCUGGUUAAUAAAUGAGAGAGCCAAGUUCCUCUAGGUCGGAAAAAGUACAGGGUGGUAGGAAUGGGAGUGUGGAACGCAAAUGGAAAUGGAAUACAUUUGCCGUUGAAGGGAGAAAUCAGGUCAGGUGAAUCCUCCUCGAGGGUUGGGAAAGGCAGGCAGGGACUAACGGGCUCCUAGCCGGGGAAAGGAAGAGUAUAAAGGGGAGUUCAUCUUCCAAACUCGACGCCUCCCACCUCUCAUCUGCUCGGCUUUGACAGGACCUUACCAGCCACACUAUACCUUUCCUCAUUCCUUCUGGGGACUGAGUUAACUGAAUUAGGAAGGGUAUUGUUACUGUGUUUUAAGACUCUGAUUUUAUUAAAAGAAGAAAGUUCCCUCCAGGAAAGGACACUGAGAAGGCAGUAGGUAGCCUCCAGGUGAACUGGCACAAAGGGAGCCAGGAGUGUGUCGAGGGUGUGAGAAGGCAGAUUUUUGGCCAGACUGUUUCAAACAAAACCAAAAACCAAACUAUUAGCACUGCUAUCCUCUGCUGCUACAUUUCCAGAGAAAGCAAAUUUUUGGACUCUUUUUUUCUUUCCUUUCUUUUUUUUUUUUUUAAGGAAAAGAAACAAAACAACCCCAGCAAGCAAAAACAUUUUAGAAAGUGAUUUUUUAUUUUUAGCAUAUUUAAGUGAUUCUUUCUCCUCUACUUUAUGGAGAAUGAAUUUAACAUCCCGGCUUCUUUUGUUAAGCCAUAGUUAGCUGACCUUAAUCUGUGGUUAGUUUAUUAAAAUAAUAGAAAAUACUUUGUAAGAAAAGAUAUUUUUGAUAACAGGUCUGAUAACGAAACAGGAAAGGGAUUAAGGGCAAUUUAUAAAAAGGUAGAUAGAGCAAUAUAUUUUAGUGAGCUGUAACCACAGAUCACAGAUCAAUCCCAAUGAGCUGAUCUGUCUUUGGGGUCUCUCUGGGGGUGGCAGUGGGCCUGUGGGUAGUCAGGUGAACCCCUUUGCAUUUUGCACAAAGCACAAAUCUGGACAGCUUAUGGCCUGGCCUGGCCAUUUCUAAGAGCUUUAAACCAGAGGACCUAUCCUGGGCCAACUUUUCAUUUUUUUCCACCUUGGAAAAAAAAUUAACUAUGCAAUUGUCUACACUCCUAGGCAUGUAUGGAGAAGAAGAGCAAGUGUUACUUAGGUGUCUGGAGUGGUAGCUGGGCCCUUUGUCUGGGUUUUCCUCCUAUGAAAUAUAAUGUAGACUGGGCUGGGUGCCGGGAGACAUGUGUGUUGCUUCUGCCUAAUGGGAGUUGUUAACCCCGCUGCUUCUCGUUCCCCCUGUAACUCAGCCCAUGGCCCACCAGAACCAGCUCACUGUCUAGGCAGAUUCCUUUCUUCUCCACAAACUUGCAGCUUCUUCCUUCCCAAUCUGAUCACUGUUGAUUUAACCAGUUCCUACCAAGAUUAAAUCUUAGGUUCAUGAAGCAGGUCACAGGACCUUGAUUCCUCAGGAUGAGUCGUAGGUAUUUUGGGGCAGGGUGCCUGGUAGGAGAGAAGUGCUCUCCCUUGGGUACAGAACUUCCAGGGGCCCCCCCAGAUUGCACCAUCAAGAUGAAUGCAGUUCAUUCAAAGAAAAAUUAGUGGUGGACAGAAUAUCAAUCUUGAAUGCUGGCUCCAGUAGGCCAGGUUAGGGUGAGGAAAAAAAUGUGGAAUUGAGCAAGUAAUCAGGUUAAACCAAAACUUUAAAAUUUUGAAUUUUUGUUCAUUGUGAAAACUUUACACUCAUGAUUUUCAAAAGAUAACACAUUAAAAGUGUCUGUUAACUGAACUUUUGCCAUCCCUUAAACCUUGAGUGUGCCCACAGUGAGUGCCUUGCUUACCUCCUAUGCUGCUGCAAUCAGCACCCAUGACCAUCUGUUCCCAAGCCUGCACCCAGACCUCCAGGGGCAGAGACUAGCCCUUGGAUUUGCACAGCUCCAGGCCCGCCUCCAGCCUCUGUAUCAGGGGGUUCUUGGCCUGGACCACUAGGAAUAGGAGCAGACCCAAGGCGCUCCCCCCCACCCCACCCCCAGUUACAGCAGGAUGGUGUUGAAUCCCCACUGGACUGCAGUGUUUGAAUUUGAUCUGUUACAGAUUCUAGGUGGUAGGUCUGUUUUUAAAAAUUGAGGACAAAUGAACAAAACUCUGAGUCACGUUUGUUUUGUGUCAUGUUUCCUAUUGUUUUGUACAUCAGCUAAUCCCAAUUUCUUUUGACCUCUUUUCAAAUAAAAAGGUGGGAACUAUAGUAGGGGUGAGGACAGGGGUGAUAAUAGUAAAAUGGGGCUUAUCUAGGCCUCAGCCUUUUAAGAAUUUUUUUUAAUUUGGGAAGGUACAUUGAAAAACUUUGUUCUAACAAAAAAGACCUUAAGUCAGUGGGUUUUUUUGGAUGUGGGGGGUGGAGGAGAUUU